CUCGUUUUGAUCCCUUCUUCUUUUCCACCAAUUCUGAGCAACUGCCUCUCGUUGAAGAGUUGAAAAUUGGCGUUGGGUUUCUGAAAAAUUUCCUGCAUCAGUCCUCUCCCCGGUCUCAGCUAUUUGCUGGUAAGAGAAGACUCGCUCAUUGAUAUCUUCUUACCGGUUAAUGUGUUCAUACAUGUGUAGAUAUCCAUGUAGUCGUGAAAGAUUUUCAUUUUCCUUCUUGAAAUUCUCAUGGACGAAAAAUUUUCAUUUCUUAUGUGUUUUUAAGAGCUGGUUUGGGUUAGAUGUUUAAUUUCCGAGAAACAAGGAAGAGAGUGGAAGAAUUUCAUGGGAGGACUCUUUUGCUAGAAGUUGCUUCUCUGUCCUAGCUGGGGAGAGAGUGAGAGAGAGUUAUUGCUUAAUUUCAUGGCUAUGUUUUAGGGUUUUUGUGUUUAGGUUCAGGAUUUUGUGUUAGAGUGUGAAAAAAACCAAGCAGGAGGAUGAGAAAAAUUUUGCCCAUUGUGCCUCCUACUCCGGAGGAGGAUGAUGAUAAUAUUGAGUACUCGUUUGCUGCGGAGUACUGCGGUCCUCCGGUCUCCCACAAUAUUCCCCAGGCGGUUCCAAUCAAUGUCCAAAAAAUCCCAGUCGCUGCCGCGGUCGCUGCAGCUUCUGUAUCCAAUAAUUUGUCCUUACCAGUUAUCCAACCAAUUGUAAAGAGGGGUCCAUUGAGCAAGAAGUUGUCAAAGGAAUCAAGACCUAGGUUACACUCCAUAUCGGCAAAUCCUGAGACCCUUUUAAAGCAGAGAGUUGAAGAUAGCCAUGGUGGUGUGUUGUCAAAUGAAUUGGUUUGUUAUGGCAAGGUGAAGGUCUCUAAUGGUCAUGAUAUGUCUUGCAAACCCUCUAAUGCAAUUGAUGAUAUGGAGGCAUUAGGCUCUACUGAUAAAUGUAAUCACAACGUCUCAGAUGGAACUGCAAGUUCCACUACAUCUUGUUUUUCCAAUAGUCAUGAUAAUUCCCACGAGUCAGUGGAAAGCUCAGACGCAUUGGGGCUGCCUGAAAAUUGCAAACAGAGUGCAGAGUUUCAACAAUACCUAACUCCUGCGAACUGGGUAUCAACAGAGUCUGCCAUGAGCUCACGAGCUCUUUCAUCAGAGAUUUCUUCUUGUGACAGGGAUGAUUCCAAUAAUGAGACUCCUUGCAAUAUAAGAACCUCAGUCGUAACUUUCCACAAUCCUGAAUUAGGCGAUAUGGUUCAUGAGGUAUCUGGUGAUGUGGAGGCCGAAAUUUCCCAGGAAAGGCAAAGUCCUGAAAGGACAGUGAGGAAAGGGUCGUGCUACCGAUGCUUGAAAGGAAAUCGGUUCACUAAGAAGGAGGCUUGCCUUGUGUGCAACGCUAAGUAUUGCAAAGAAUGUGUGCUGAGAGCAAUGGGAUCAAUGCCAGAAGGAAGGAAAUGUGUCACUUGCAUUGGUUAUUCAAUUAACGAGUCAAAACAAGGGGCUGUGGGGAAAUGUUCUCGACUGCUCAAACAGCUGCUUACUGAGUUGGAACUUAAACAGAUAAUGAAAGCUGAGAGAUUGUGUGAAGCAAAUCAGAUGGAAGCAGAGCGUGUUUGUGUGAAUGGAAAGCCUCUUUCUCAGGAAGAGAUGCUUCUACUGCGGAGUUGCUCAAAUCCACCAAAGAAGCUAAAACCGGGAAACUAUUGGUAUGAUAAAGUAUGUGGGUUUUGGGGAAAGGAAGGACAGAAGCCUUGCCAGAUUAUUACCCCCAACCUGAAUGUUGGGGAUUCCAUCAAGCGAAAUGCUAGCAAUGGAAAUACAAAUAUACUGAUAAAUAAUCGGGAGAUUACAAAUGCAGAGGUCUUUAUGCUGAAGGCAGCUGGAGUCCAUUGUGCAGGAAAGACUAGUUUUUGGGUGAGUGCAGAUGGGUCCUGCCUGGAAGAGGGACAGAAGAAUGACAUGGGGCCAAUAUGGGAUAAGAGUCGAACCAAAGUUGUUUGUGCUAUCUUUUCUUUACCAAUUCCUCCUGAGCCUAGGAAUCGUUCUGGGGAAGAAGUGAAUGGCCUCAUUAAUGGAAAUGUGCCAAGCUGCCUUCAGCACAGCGAGCUUCAUAAACUUUUUCUUGUUGGUUGUAAUGGAUCUGGGACAAGUACCAUGUAUAAACAGGCAAAGAUUCUGUAUCAUGUUCCCUUCUCAGAAGAUGAGCGUCAAAAUAUUAAGCUCAUGAUCCAGAGUAAUCUGUAUGGCUAUGUUUGUUUACUUCUUGAGUGGCGUGAACAAUUUGAGGAAGAAAGUUUGAGUGCGAUGGAAAUACAGUCUAGUGAUCAACCUGGUCCUUCAGCAGGAAAUGUUGGUCAGGUUGAAGAUAAAACAAUCUAUUCCAUCGGCUCAAAACUCAAAAAAUUUUCUGAUUGGCUUCUCAAAGUUAAGGCAUCAGGAAAUUUGGAAUCAACUUUCCCAGCUGCUGCUCGUGAAUAUGCACCUCUUGUUGUAGAGUUGUGGAAGGAUGCAGCCAUUCAAGCCACAUGCAACCGUAGAAAGGAAUUACAGAUGCUACCUAGUGCAGCUAAUUAUUUCUUAGAUCGGGCCGUUGAGAUUUCAAGGACAGAUUAUGAACCCUCCGAUCUGGAUAUAUUGUAUGCAGAGGGUAUUACUUCAUCCAAUGGCCUGGCUUGCAUGGAAUUUACAUUUCCAAAGUCAGCACAAGAUGAAAGCAAUAACAGUCUAUAUCAGCAGAUUCAGCACGAUUCAUCAUUAAGAUAUCAACUCAUAAGAGUACAUCCAAAAAACCUUGGAGAAAACUGCAAGCGGUUGGAGAUGUUCGAAGAUAUUGAGAUCGCCCUGUUUUGUGUUGCCUUAACCAAUUAUAGUCAAUUCUUUGAUGAUGUCAAUGGGAUUUCUACUAACAAGAUGUUGGAAAGCAAGAAGCUCUUCGAAAAGAUUGUCACUCAUUCUACCUUUAGUCAGAAACACUUCCUUCUGAUACUCAACAAGUUUGACCUACUUGAGGAAAUCAUCGAACAAGUCCCUCUCACUCGAUGCGAGUGGUUUCAUGACUUCAAUCCGGUGAUCAGCCUCCACCAUAAUAGCAACAGAAGUGUUAGCAAUGGCACCCCGCUGGCUCAACACGCUUUUCACUACAUUGCAUCCAAGUUCAAGAGACUGUUUUACAUGCUAACUGGACGAAAGCUGUAUGUCUCCCUUGUUACUGGGCUGGAGCCUGAUACUGUCGAUGAUGCUCUCAGAUACGCAAGGGAGAUUCUGAAGUGGGAUGAGGAGAAACCCAACUUUAGUUUCAAUGAGUCAUCUUCCUAUAGCAUGGAAGAAACCACCUCUAGUUCAUGAAUUUUGAGUUGAAGAUGGAUCAGCUUACCAAUGGUUCAGUUUCUGUACAUUUAGCUGAUUUUUCUGCGUAUGUGCAUACUCAUACACAAGCUACACAGAGAAAAUAAAAAGGAGAGAACAACAUUGUGUUUUGCGAUGUUUGAGAAUCACCUCAACACCUGUGUGUAGGUCCGGGAAAACAAGUUGAUUUUGUGACGGCCAUGAAUUGUAAUCCUUUCAUAGAGCCGAAAGCACAGCUCGUGUGUGUACCACUUCGAUUAUAGCUUUGUAAAAAAGUAGACGGUAUAUUCAACAAAAGUUCUACUUUCCUUUUGUUGUACGUUUUUUUUAGACAAGUUGUAAUUGCGGAAAAAGACAUGGUGCAACAAGAACAUUUUUCCAGCGAGUACAAUCAUCAAGAACAGUGUAUCCUUGACUUUAAAGUCAUGAAAAGAAAAUUAAGAUUGAAAUCAGAACUUCUGAUUAAUACAUAAAAUUAUUUUUGAAAAAUAUCUCAAUUCUUUUGAGACGUUCAGACAUAGAUUGCAUUACUGCUUGCUUUCCAUCAUUAAACACUGAAACAAAAGAUCACCAUCCAAAUAUGAACAGGGUCAUCUUACCCAUGAGAUCAAAACCCUAAGUCCAAACAAAUAAGAAAUAACAUAGAAAUUAAAUAUAAGCGCUUCACUUUUGAAGAGUAAAAUUAGCCUUCAAGUUGAUUGAAGUUGAGUGGUACUAGCUAGCCAAAAUUAACACAUAUACAUGCCAAAACUCAAAUCUACAUAUUCAUAUCAAUUUAAUCAGAAAGAUCAAAAUAAAUAUAUCUACAUAUAUAUAUAUAGGGCUUUAUUUUCCUCCAUGGCCUGGCUUGGAGCUUGGUAUAAAAAGUUGAUCAGGCGGGGGCAAAACGGUCCAUGAGCAUGAAAACGGUAUCUUCAGAGAGGCCGCGAAUUUCUUUUGGCGGUGGCGGCGUAGCCUUUGGCUUAGAGGCUUCCAGCUUCUCUUCAGCGGCGGUGUCGUCGUCGACGCAGUCACCGGCGGGGGGUUUGGCUUCGGAGCGGAAUGGCUUCCGAGAGGGCAGACGGACCUUGUCCCUGAGCUUGGCAACCUCACCCGUCCACCUCUCCACCAUCAAACACACUUUGGCAGCCAUAUCACCAACGUUGAUUGCUCAAAAAUCUAACUGAAAUUAGAAUACUACUGAGAAACCCAAGAUGGGUUAUAUAUAUAUAAAGAGUUAGAAGAAGAAGAAGGGGGUUUUGGAAGGUAGCAAAUGGUAUUGAGAAACAAGAUGAAGAAGAAGAAGAAGAAGAAGAAGAAGAAGAAGAAGGGGGGUUUUGGAAGGUAGCGCAAAUGGUAUUGAGAAACAAGAUGCCAAGGAAGAAGGGAGAUAGGAAGAGGAUAUUCCUGCGG